CAAGUGUGCCCUGGAAUAUAUUUCGAUUAACAGGAGCUUAUAUCUUGGAUUUCACUUUGUGCCUGCGAAAAACCCAAGGAAAAUCAGCAAAGAAAAACAACGUUUGGUUUUUGCAUUUUGGAAACCUGCAAGAUCCGCUCUCUCCGUCAUAACAUUAAUAUUGGUAGAAAAGAAGAGAAAACCAAAACUGCAAGAGAAAAAUUCUUGGCAGUAAAUCAUUUAAAAUCGAAUCACAAUUGCCUGGUGGUCUAAGAUCCAAGUGUGCCCUGGAAAACAUUUCGUUGAAUAGGAGUUAAAACUUUUGAUUUCACUUGUGCACAUCAAUAUAUUUUGGUACAGUAAAAUGCCCAAUAAUUCCACAAUGCAAAAGCCAAAAGGCCGUGGCAUGGACACAGGCGUCGCCAGGCGCUUCACCUUUCGACCCCCCAUUCCACUGUCGAUGGGGGGCAGUUCGGGAAAUGAGGCAUGCCUCAAUUUGGACGACAAGGCACGGCGCUUCAUCUUUCGGCCGCCCAUUCCACUGGAUUUGGAUGGCAGCCGUGGAAUGGAUGUGGCCGGCAGGGGUGAGGGCCCGGAAAGGGUCUACGAAACAGAGACCGACAGGAUAAUCGCGGAGAUCGAGAGGAUAUCGGGGGCAAAGGUAACGCCACUACGUCUGACCCCAAAGAAGUCCGAUGGAAUAGUCUCUACAUCCGGGCAGUCCACCUCGUCGCCGAAGGCUGUGGGCAGACCCAAGAAGCGUUCGCAGCCAAAGAGCUCCAAGGAUACAUCGCCGGCUGUGUCCAAGUCCAAGGAGCCGCGACUUCAUCGCAAGAAGUCGAAAGAAAAUGGCACCAACUCUAACCAACGUGGAAAUGAGGCCUCAACCAAUCCCGAAUCCGAAUCUUCGGUCACACCCACUAAGGGAAGCAAAGAGGACCACGUGAAGCCCAAGAAGAAGUAGAGUCUUUCUCAGUGAAUGAUAUCAUAUACCAUUGUCAUAGUCAUAAUCACAUUCUAUAAGCUAAGCUUAUUAAAUCGAUUUCAUUUCCAUUUCUCACUGCUGCCGCCGUCGUCGUCGCCACAUCCCAAGGGGGAUGUGAAUGGUUGCUGCAUUAGCACAAAGGCAGCAGCAACAACAACACGACGAAGAACACAGACAACAGUUGCUGCUAAAAUAAUUCAACCAGGACUCAGACACUCGGCGGUUGAAGGAAGACCGCGGGACACCAAGAGGACAACUUUCAUAUGCACAGACAACAAGCGGCAAGCGGCAAGCGGCAAGUGGCAAGCGGCAAGCGGCAACAUGAACAACAGCGACGACGACGACAGAAAUCCACCUACAAAUAUAUACAUACAUAUGUA